GUUGUCUUUGAUGAUCGAAUUGAGAUAAUCAAAGUGUUAAGGCUUAUCAAUCCAAUUAUAAUCAUAUUUCAUAUGGUACUUCUUUUUAUAAGUUUAAUUGUUUGUUAUGAUAUACAUCGGUCCAUCAUAUCUAAGAACAAAAAUUUCAUAAUCAUAGUUCUUCAAACAUUUGAUUUGAUAAUUACUGCAAACAAUCUUUUCGUUGUGGUUCAAUGUGGAUUAUUCUUUGUUAUACUUUCUCUUAUUGGUGGUACAUUUCUCAAAACUCGAAUGAAUCGUCUGAAUAACCAAUUAUGGCGAAUAGCUUUUAGUUUCCGAGUACGUAAUGGUCAAUUCACUACGAUGAAAAAGUCACUGAGACCUUUGAUGGACCGAACAAUACAUUUUUUGGAUUGGAUUUAUCACCAGCAUGGUUAUGCUUGUGUGGAUAAACUAUAUUCAUAUCAGGAAUUGUGGGGUAAUGCCUUAUUCAGCUAUUUAAUCAUAAGCAUUCCAUUUAAUGUCAUAGCUGUAUCCGGUUUAAUGGUCGAACAAUUGACCUGGGGAGAAAAAAUGGUCCAGUAUUUAAUCACUGUUGUCCAUGCAAUAAUGACGAUUGUGUCUCUGUUACAAUUAUCAAGACAAGCGACCCUUUUGCAUAAAGCAAAAUUUAAUCUUAUACCUGUCAUACAAUCAACCGCGAUAAUUUGCAAACCACCAAACAAUAGUGAUUGUAUGUUAACGAAAACUUUACGACUAAAGUUAAAAUAUGAUGAUCUAUUCAAUCGACUAACAAACGGGCGAAAAUAUGGUCCAUAUGCUUCGACUAUUGGUGUUGUUACCAACAUUUUCAUAUUCAAUCUUGCUAUCACUUAUAUUGGCAUGUUUAUGUUUGUGUUUUCUCGUAUAGAUCUAUUCAUAGCAACAACAUGAAAGACGGUGGUUCUUUAAGCCAUAAUUCUUGUUUAAGCG